UUAACUAUAUCGUUCUAUUCUGUUCUCAGAAUCAGUCUGCGGGGAAAAUCGUGUCACAGAAAUACUUCAGUAAAGAGAAAUCGAAAAGGAGGAAAGCUAAAUCAAUUCUUGGAAAGCUCUACAAAGUGACUCUUUGGCUACUUGGUCCCGUCAAGUCUUCUAGUGGCACUGUCGCAGCUAAAUUGAGAUCUUGUUUUCGCGGAAACACAACUCAUUAAGUUACUUUUUGUCAUAAAGGACAUACGCAUUAUAAAAAUGAAGGCACCAGACUCGGCGCGCAUCGUAAACACUUCGAAUUUCUUAGUUGUUAUUAUGAUUGAGGGAAGUUCGACUCGACUGAUUUGCGUACAGCUGCCACCUAACACCAAAAGACCCGGCAGGAAGUAAAAAGAUGUUCAUAUAAAGGUAGGAUGAAAAAAAUAGAAAUGAAAGCCCCUAAUAUCUGUUAGAUCUUUUUUGUGUAACUCGGGGUUCGCUCCUGCCUUCGGAACUGGCCCAUCGGAAAAUGUGUGGCGCUGGCUAUGCGUUCCAAUGAACAUGCCAACUAUGAUUUAGCUAACAAGGUAAGUAUAGGGCAAUUGUCUCGGGUCCUGGGGCGGGAGUAGCGACGCCUUCGGUUGCCUUUUCUGCACGUGCGCGGUAAGUGGGCGGAGCCGGAAAUCUGUCCAGCCAACGGUCAAUCAGGAUUCUGCCCGCCUAAAUCCUCCGCCAAUCAGAGUGCACGCCUUGCACUCUUACAGAUUUUGGCGGUCUUUAUUUUCGUUUUAGAAAUUGAAUCAGUUGUGAUAUAGCAGGUUAUUUCCCUAAAAAGGCGCCUGUGGUCAUCUUUUGCCUUCUGCGAGAAAGCUUCGUGACUGAAGGACAUGCUGAUUCCACCAAGCGUCGCUGGAUGAGAGCGACGUGAACAAUGAAAUCUGACGGAAAGAAGCCCAGGGAAGAGCCGUCAACGCAACAAUAAGAUUAUGGUAAUGAAGUGGCGGACAAGUGCUUUAGCGGCAACCGUAGGGGAGAAGUUGACGUUCCACAGCAGGGGAUUUCCGUCCUUGUCGCUGACGGGAUGCGUCGGAAGUGCUGAUUGAAUUUCGGCGUGGUUGUAGCAACAUGGACGUCCGUCUAGGGGGCGGCGGGGAGCCAGUGUGGGUCCGCCGGGGUGAUAGGUUGGAGGUGCGUAAAGGCUCUCUGACGACGUCGCGCCAGCAGCAAGAUCGCUCUCCGACGCCGCCCUCGCCGCCGCUCCUGCCUCACGAGACGCGAGCUCUUGAAACUUCCCGCUCGAAACCAAUCACCCAACUCCGUGGCCCGGCCUCUCUUUUCCAAGAGGACGCUCCUGCUGGCAUCCGUAAUGACACGGAAUGAACUUCAAAAAAGUUGGACGUCCGCUCCGCUAAGAAAAUAUUUAUCUUAAGCUAAAGAUUGCAGAGGCACUUACCUCAUCAUGUAAUUUACUCUCAUCAUUCGAGUUUGUGAUGCUGGCACGCUAUGUUGCAUGGACAAUCUCUUCAAUUGAAAACUAGGACUUCGUGUUAUUAAGCGUUAACUUGUCCUUCUGGGGAUACUUUCGCUUUUGGGUGAGUGAGUGUGAUAGUGAGAAAUUCUUGAGCAAGCAGUGAACUCUUAUGGCUAGAUGCGAUCGGUGUUCUAAAAACUACUGCGAGGAAAGCACACAGUGACCUAAGAGCUCUAAAACAAUUUUCACGAAUAAGUGUUGCUGAAUUCUUGAAUUGUUUUCUAAAAAAUUCAUAAGAGACGUAAAAAAAAGCGCUUUAUGCAAGAAGAAACUGUAUUCAUUCACAACAAACUGUAUAGGUGAGAUAGAAUUAUAACUUGAAAAACAAAUAUUACCAAUCGCAUGGAACUAGACCAACAUGGCAUACUUUAAUGUAUUCGUUGUUACCUAAUUGUGAAAAAUUAAAUCAAAAUAAAGAAUUGUGCCUUGACGAGACGUUGCUUCAGUCAAUGCAAGAGGCAAGACUUGGAUCCUAAACAUCGAGAGGUUGGGAAAGUCGCCAGAAUGCUGAAGGAGGGAUCGCUAUCGUGUCCGGGAGGCAGCAGCUCCGCCUUCAGGGUCGUCACGCCCAAAGAUCGAGAAAAAAGUGAAGGAGUUACAGCACCACUUCUCAAUCUGCCGGUCCCGCCACCUCCACUCGUUUCUCAGAGUUCUAUAGGUAGUCUGGGAGCAAAUUUACCUGUGGGUGGUUCCCUGUCUGUGGGUGGAUCGCUGACCAGCUCCUUGGGCGGUUCUUUCGCAUUUCCUUACCACCCACAUCUAUGGCCACCCUCUCCCUUACGGCUCUCAACCAAUCUGCUUCGUGAUUCUUCUUUCUCGCUCCUCCCCUUCCUGCCACGUCAGCCAGCCGUGAGCCUGUCAUGCCACGCAACCUCUACUGGCCACGCCCCCCACACGUUUACGUCAUCAUCCAUCACUCCAAUCACGUCGCCGCUUUUCACCACUGCGGGUGCUUACUCAAAGGAAUCGAAGUUAUUGGCUGAUAUUGAAAACGAGACACGACUUACUUCUAGCUCAGCAAAGAGCGAGACCACGCCCACUUCCAGAUCAUCUUACGAGCGCACUUCUUUCACCAUUUCUUCUUUGGUCGGGCGGAGUUUAUCCCCCUGGGGCUCUCAGACUGAUGACGACGGCCAAGACGGACACAGAAAAGCUAAAGAGGAAGAGGAAGACGAUGAAGAGGAAGAGGAACACAUCGAAGUUGUAGACAGCGUCGAAGAAAUCCCUUUGCCGGAACCGGCUCAAGAGGUGACUCGAGAGCAAACAAAAGAUGAGGGAGGCGAAAAGUCGUCGCCCUCAAGAUCUCUGUCCCCACCGCCAGCAGUUCGAGACGAGAGCCCACCGGUUACCUGUAGUCCUUACGAUAAACUAUCGCCGACGGUGUCUAGAUCUUGCGUGCCUGAAUUUAGCACAGCCCUGAACCUCUCCUCAAAACCUGACGAAGGGACAACUUCCAUGGUGAGAGAACCUCUAAUAGCAAGUAAAGUAAGCGAAGCGGGUAGCUUAGGAGCACCUUCUCUGUCACCUAGGGAGGGGCCCACGUUUCCAAUCACGCGGCCUUUCCUUCCCGGCCUCCCUUUGCAAACAAGGGACGCGCUUCUGGAAUUGCCAAGACCACCGAGCCUCCCCCUGGGCCUUUAUCCACCACACCCUUUGGUUCUCUUCAAGAAGGACGGUGAGUCGUCCUCUUCAACGAGCCUUGAUGCCAAUCGCAACAGCCUGGCGGUGUCCUACCCAUCGUCCCUGAAUUAUUCCUUCCCAUGGAGUAUGGGGACGGGAGAGAGUCUCUUCCCUUGGUCCCUCCCAGGCCACGGUUCUUUGCCCCUCGACGGUUCGCUAGUGAAGCCUCUGCCCCUUGGGGACGUCUACUCCUGCAUAAAAUGCGAGAAGAUGUUUAGUACUCCACAUGGACUCGAAGUCCACUCCAGGAGAUCACACAACGGGAAGCGGCCUUUCGCCUGCGAGUACUGCAACAAAACAUUCGGACACGAGAUCAGCCUCACGCAGCACAGGGCGGUGCACAACGCCGAGAAAGUGUUUGAGUGCAAACAGUGCGGCAAGUGCUUCAAGAGGUCAUCCACGCUCUCCACCCACCUUCUUAUCCACUCCGAUACCCGCCCGUAUCCCUGUCAGUAUUGCGGAAAAAGGUUCCAUCAGAAAUCGGAUAUGAAGAAACACACGUAUAUUCAUACGGGUGAGAAACCCCAUAAAUGCACCGUGUGCGGAAAAGCCUUCAGUCAGUCAUCCAACCUCAUUACGCACAGCAGGAAGCACACGGGUUUCAAGCCAUUCGCGUGCGACCUCUGCGGCAGGUCUUUCCAGAGAAAGGUCGACCUACGGAGACACAAGGAGACGCAGCACACUGACCUGCGCACGCAGCAAGUCAACAACUUGCGUUCACAGGUCACUGAUCUCGGGUCUCAAGUCACCGACCUGCAAUCACCAGUGUCAGAGAUGCGUCCUCAAGUCACAGACAUCAGGUCUCAGAUAACCGACCUGAGGCAGCCAAUGUCGGACAUGAGGGGAGACAUAAGGUCGCAAAUGUCCGAAGCGAGGUCGCAAGUUCCUGACAUGCCAAGCCCAGCAGUGAGCCUCAGAAACAACGUCGUCGGCAACCUCCACUGCCACGUGGCGGACGUCAGAAGUCAGAUCAGUAUCCCUGCCACAGACAUCAGAAGUCAGAACGACAUCAGGCCUCAGCUGAACGAUAUAAGGUCGCCUAUGAAUAGCAUCAGGUCUCAGGCAUCUACGGAUAUCAGGGCCAAGAUGGGCGAGUCAGGGUCAUCCGGAAAUACCUCUGAUGUAAGGAUAAACUCCAUAGUGGACUUUAGGUCUCAAGUGCUAGAUCUAAGACCCCAAGAACUCAGACCCGUUACUUAAGGGUGCUUCUUCAAGGUGCUUUCAUGAAAUGAACACGUCAGAAAUUCCAAGAAGUGACAAAAUGGCGUAUCGUUUAUAGUGUUUAUGAAUGAGAGAAACACGAAGAGUGAUCCCGAAAUGACAAACCAUGUUUUCUCUGAAAGGCAAGUAAAUAGCACUUUCUUAUCGCCAUUGUACCUAUUUUAAUUCCUACCAAGAGGAAUGCAAUCAGCUACGGUGUUUGAAAAAUGAAUUUGUUUGAGUAAAGAUGAAAAAAGAAAAAGAAAAAAACACACAUAAGUGCAAGAGUUACAUUUCAUUUGCGAAAAAAAUCUAGUCGUUUAGUCAAAAAGGAAAGAAUCUCCCAAGGUGGAACAGAUGAUGGCAAUUUCAGUGAUUUGUCACUGACUUGGCUAAUUUCACCGCCGAACAACCUCGAUAAAAUAUCGAUGCAUAUCUUGAUUUAAAAGAAUCAAAGACAGUGACAGCCACUGAUAACCAAGUUCAGCGCCAAGAAUUAUAUACAUUAUAUAUAGUCUGAGUGUGAAAAUGAAUUUUAUUCCUAAGCAUAAAAAAGAAAAAAUAUUAAAAAAAUAUAUAAAACUUUCAGUCUCACCUUUGCUAGAAGGCCAAAGAAAUAGACCAAAAUUUUAAGUGGUGCUUCUCCACACUACUAUAACUAUACCGCUGGUUAUUGUCAUUGUCACGUGUCCAAUUUAGGUUUCUCUACAACGAGUACUACGGGAAGGCAACUGCUGAAGCGAUUCAGGAUUAAAGCUUUUGCUCUUUUUCUUCCUCUUCUCAAGUGUUGCAAAGUUAUUUGGAGCCUUUCGCCGUUGGGAUGAGGGAGGUGCAGGACUACCUCCCAACCAAUUCAAAUCUCCAAAGGCGGAGGGGAGGAGGAAGAACAAGAAGAGAAAGGGAGAAAGGAAGAGAAGUAGAAAAUGAGUGGUGUUUAGAUUUUCAACAAAAUAUUCGUAUAGUGUGUUAUCUUCAUUUGUAAGUGUUUUCCCCAUACAUUCAACUCUGAAUGUUCCUAUAUUUUAUAGUCGUUCGUGAGCUGGAUUCUGAGACAGGCUUCUAAAAAACAAAGCAUUUAACAUGAUAAAUACUUCCUCUGUAUCAUUUACAAUGGUGUCAAAUAACUUUCUUCCAACACCUUUUCAUUUGCUACAGAGUUUUACAGUACCUGUACUUAAUCAUCCGCCGACCAAUUCCUACACACCAGAAAAUGAAACAUGACACAUUUCACUCCACACAAAUCCCAAACUGCUUAGUUUAGAAUCAUGAACGUCUGUUCUUGUUAUUAUACCUGUGAUUACAUUUAGUAUAAACUGAAUUUCCUUGUGACUCUCCCCACAAACAAGGCUUUCAUUCACCUGUCUGUCCUGUCUGUCACGGAAUAAAGUUACACCACCACCGCCACAACCAUCCAAACUGAAAAGAUGUAGACGUCGAUGCUCCAUUUGCCGAAAUAAAAAACAAAUGUAGUUCUAAUUGUUCAAAUGAAUCAGAAUAAAAACUGAAAGAGUAAGAGCUUCCUUGAAAAUUAUCAGUUCAACGAUAACAAGGAUUUUGAUCUUAAUGGAAAGAUAACAAAUGACAGAACGAAUAUUAAAAACUGUGUUCACGAGGAAAAAAUGUAAAAAGAAUGGAUGACCAUAACAGAAACAAUAUCACCUCACGCCAAAAUUGUUUUGAUUAUUGCAAUUCCAAACGUUUAGCUUUUCAAAAAUGUAAAAACAAGAACUUCAAUACAAUUAUCAAUGUUUCCCUAAUGUAAAUAUCGUGAAAGAAUAAACACAUUAACUGUUUGUUAAGACAAGUAAAUAUGUAAAUUAGACAUCAAUACAAUCAUUAAUAAUGCUUAGGUACAUUACCCCAAAUCACAAUCACUAAUAACACUGAAGCUGAUUUUAAUACCAAAGAAAAUUAAUUUAUACUGGCUUUGAGAUAUUCAGAAAGAGAAUGAAGAAUAAAUAUGAAUUAAUAAAUAGGAAUUACCUGGCUUUAAGACUAGAUAAUGUGGCCCGGAAGAGCCUGGUAAGCUGCAAAACAAAAUCAUUUAUUCCCACGUAAUAUUUCUAGUAAAUGGAGGCAGUAAUUCCACUUUUCAAUGAACUCUUCAUUUCGGAACUGUGUAUGUUUAUUCUAAGGUAUUUUCGGAAGAAAUAAGCAUACCAUGAAUGACUAAAAUAUAAUUGCUGAAGAAAUUUGGAGACAGACAGGCUAAAUACUAGCAGCAAAAAAUCGGAAAAGAUUCCAAAAAUAAAGGAGAGGUCGAUCUGACGCAAAGCGUAGAAUGCGCAACACCAUAAAGAGGAGAACUACAGGGAUGGAGGAGGGAGGAGGGAGGGAGGGAGGGACGGUUAUUUGAGCAGAGCAAAGGCGAGAGGAGCAAAUUAAGAGGCCCUUACAUAAAACUCCAUAGAGCGGUAACGAAGGGCGGUCAAAAUUGUUCCGAAUAAUUCCUGCAGCUCUGCAUCUUUUCAGAGUCCUUGAUUAUGACCCUAUGUACCACCACUGUACCACAGCCAAUUCACCUGUCCCCUCAUUUUUUCACUAAAAGUCUUUGUCCUAACGUUAAGCUUUUUUCAUAAAAAUAUCUGGGUGUCUAGUGAUCAUGAUUAUAGAUACAUGUUUGUUUGUUUGUUUAUUAUCUUUUUUUUCUGAUAAUAAAAGUACAUUAGAGUGGUUAUUAUUAUAUAUAGGAAAGUAUCCUGCCAUUAAGUAUUGUAAAGAAUUUUAUUAUAGUUAUUGAUGCGAUGCGUGUACUUUUAUUUAAUAAAAUGGUCUUUAAAAUA